UUUGCUGACAGAAUGGGACAAAGAAAAAGACGAAUGAAUCCAGCCAGUCAGUAGAGCCAUCUAUUGGAGAAAUGAGGAAUAGAAUUAUCACAAGGGAAAUAACCUCUACAGCACAUCAACAUCCAUUCAAUUAAAUUAUUAAUUAAGGUGAUUAAUUACCGAACACUGAGUCGCUGUUUAUAGCUGAAUACGAAUAUCACCUUAUGUUGACCCACAAGAAACGUCUUCAUUCAGAUGUGCCUUUCAUAUUUUUACGUCGUUUCAUCAACUAAAGCAAGAUGACAUAAUUUAUCAGGAGCAUUCAUCAAUACAUCAAAAUUUAUAUGAAUACAAUCUAAGAAUACAAUAUUUUUUUCUUGUCUUCACUGUUUGGAAUGUAGAGGAAGUGAUUGCCUUACAGGUUAAUUAAGGUUGGAUAACUUUACAAACGAGAUGACAAUUUCCACCUGCAGAUUUAGAUAUUAAGUAAGAUCACAGGAGAAAGAAACACAGCUUCGAAUUCUUUUCUAGAAAAAGUGGCAGAACUGAAAACAAAGAUGUUUAUAGAGAUGAAGGAAACAUUAUCAUUGUGAUAUGUAUAAUAAAUUAUUCUCUCAUAAUGAGCAAAUUAGCUAAACCAAAAAAACCAGAUUCAAGAGAGAAGCAACAUUCCUGUGAAAUCUGUGGUAAAUCAUUCUCUUAUAGGAAUACCUUGAUUGAACACAAGCAUACGCAUACUGGAGAAAAGCCAUAUCAUUGCGAUAUCUGUAGUAAAUCAUUCUCCUGUAGGAGUAACUUGGCUCACCACAAACAUACACAUACAGGAGAAAAGCCAUAUGAUUGUGGUAUCUGUGGUAAAUCAUUCUCUCGAAGGAGUACGUUGACUGAACACAAACGCACACAUACGGGAGAAGAGCCGUUUCGUUGUGAUAUCUGUGGUAAAUCGUUCGCGUGUAGGAGUAACUUGGCUCAACAUAAACGUACUCACACAGGAGAAAAGCCAUAUGAUUGUGAUAUCUGUGAUAGGUCAUUCGCUAAAAGGAGUAACUUGACUAAACACGAGUAUACACAUGCAUCAGUAAAGCCGUAUCUUUGUAACACAUGGUAAAUCGUUCUCUUAUGGGUGCAACUCGAUUCAACACAUACAUACAUAUACAGGAGAAAAGAAAUAUCAUUAUAAUGUCUUAUAGGACUUGACUCGACACAAACAUACACAUCAUCACCAUCGUUUAAUGUCUGCUUUCCAUGUUAGCAUGGGUUGGACAAUUUUGACUGAGGGCUGGCGAACCAGAUGGCUGCACCAGGCUUCUAUCUUGAUCUGGCAG